AUUUUUUUUAUUUCAUUUCUUUAUAGUUCGCGCUAGAGGCAAAAUACGUGCGUUUAUGUAUAAAAGUCACAACUUGACGAUUCAACGAUACAUUACACGAUAGUUUUCAAACACAAAUAAUUAUAAAUCAACCAAUCAUUAAAUUAAUUAAUUACUAUUUUUAAAAUAUAUAAUAAUAAAUAGUUAAGACUAUAAAAAAAAAACAAUAAUUAGUUACAAAUGAAUCGGACUAGAAAAAAACUAAUAUUGUGUCGUCAUUAUAUAUUUAUUUAAAUCUAUACUGGAUAUAUAUUUUUAUUGUGAUAUUUAAUUAUAUAAAAUGGAAGACAAAUCCGAUCCAAAAGAAAAAGAAGUCUUGAUGGUGGAUCCAAAAAUCCAACCAAAAAUCCAAGGGUCUUUUAUAAUGGAUAAAUCAGCAACUUCGCUGCCCCAAAAUGGUCAUAUAGAACCAGAAAAUCCGCAUUUAUCACACGGAAGCGCCACAAGACAAAUACUUGCCGCUUUGGUAGCUCAACUGGGGACAGUCAACACCGGAAUGGCUUUUGGAUUCUCAGCAAUAGCCAUUUCACAAUUACGAGACGUCAACAGUACAAUGCCAAUUGACGACACCCAAGAAUCUUGGAUUGCAAGUAUGUCAUCAAUAGGAACACCAAUAGGAUGCCUACUAUCCGGUUACUUGAUGGACCAAUUAGGCAGAAAGCGUUCCUUGAUAAUAACCGAAAUUCCCGCGUUAUUGGGCUGGCUCCUGAUAACUUUUGCCACCAAUAUUGAGAUGAUAUAUGCCGGAAGAUUCUUCACUGGAUUGGGAUCAGGGAUGGUUGGUGCACCAGCACGUGUGUACACCAGCGAAGUGACUCAGCCCCAUUUACGGGGAAUGUUGACAGCUCUUUCAAGUGUUGGAGUCAGUACAGGUGUCAUGUUAGAAUACGCAAUGGGUGGAGUGGCCAGUUGGAAAAUUUGCGCUGCCAUAAGUAGUUUAAUUCCAGCAUCUGCUUUAGUACUAAUGUUCAUAUUUCCCGAAACGCCUUCAUACUUAAUUUCAAGAAACAAACCCGAAAAAGCGCGAAAAGCAUUAGAACACUUUCGCGGAAGUUCUUAUAAUCUCAAUAAAGAAAUGGACACGCUUAUUAACUUUUCAAAUAAAAAUAAUCUCAAACGUCUGACAAAUCCCAAAGAAAUUUUGCACGCAAUCCUUCAGCCAAAUGCACUCAAGCCGUUUGCUCUGCUGUUUUUUUACUUUCUGAUCUAUCAGUGGUCAGGAACAAACGCCAUGACCUUCUAUGCGGUUGAUAUUUUCCAAAAAUCCGGUACCACUAUUAAUAAAUAUUUAGCCACGACUAUUUUGGGAGUCGUCAGAUUCUUCUCAACAAUAGUGGCAUGUAUUUUGUGUCGAAAAUGUGGCAGAAGGCCGCUGACAAUGGUGUCAUCAAUAGGAUGCGGACUAUCGAUGAUUGGAUUGGGAAGUUAUAUGUGGGUUAAUAGUUACUGGAAAAUAAAUCAUAUUCCUGCUACAUUGACAUGGGUACCGGUAGUUUGUAUUUUUGCGUAUACAAUUGCUUGUACUAUUGGAUUUCUUGUUAUACCCUGGGUUAUGAUUGGCGAAGUUUAUCCGGUACAAGUUAGAGGAAUUAUUGGGGGGUUUACAACAAUGUCUGCUCAUUGCUUUGUAUUUAUGGUUGUAAAAACAUUCCCAUUUUUACGUGCCUCUAUAACUGAACACGGUACAUUUUUAUUGUACGGUUUCAUUUCAUUGUUUGGGACCAUUUACUUUUAUAUAUGCCUGCCGGAAACGAAAAACAAAUCAUUGCAGGAAAUAGAGGAUUAUUUUUCGGGAAGAAAUUCGACUUUGAAAACGGGGCGACUAUUCAUGAAAAAACAAGAAAAAAACUUGCGGAUACAAAAAGGAGAAAUAUUGCCUCGAUAAACUAUAUAAAUUUAUGUCAAAAUUUUGUAUAAUUUGUUUGAAAAUAUCGAAGUGUCUAAUAUCGAUAAAUAUCGAUGUGGAAAAUUUUAAGUUUUAUUUUUUUAUAUUAAAUCGAUUACGAUCUAUCGAUUUUGAAAUAAACACUAAUUUUGAAGCAUUGAAAAAAAUUUUUGAAAUUGAUUACGAUCCAUCGAUUUCGAAAAUACGAUAUUAAAUUAUUUUAAUCGAUUUAUGGUUAUUGAUUUGAAAAAUUUGAGAUAUCGAUUUCGAUACAUCGAAUCAAAUUUUGCAGCACUGAUGUCGAUAGAUUGAUUGUAAUUUCAAAUAAUCGAUUGUGAUAAAUCGAUUUUUAAAUUUGAAUCUGAGUUCAAGGUAUCGAUUUCUGUAAAUCGAUUUAAAAAAUUCUAUAUAAAAAUUAUAAAUAUUAAUUGAUCGAUUAUUAAAGUUCGAAAUAUUAAUAUCGAUACAUCGAAUAAAAUUUCAAGAUAUCGAUUUCGAUAAAUCGAUUGUAAAAAUUCAAAUUAUUAAUAUCGAUAAAUCGAACAAAAUUUAAAGGUAUAGAUUUCGAUAGAUCAGUUUUAAAAAUUCAAAAUGUUAAUAUUGAUGCAUCGAAUAAUAUUUCAGGGUAUAGACUUCGAUAGAUCGAUUUCAAAAAUUCGAAAUAUUAACAUGGAUGUAUCGAAUAAAAUUUCAAGGUAUGGAUUUCGAUAAAUCGAUUUCAAAAAUUUAAAAUGUUAAUAUUGAUGUAUCGAAUAUCAUUUCAGAGUAUAGAUUUCUAUAGAUCGAUUUCAAAAAUUCGAAAUAUUAAUAUCGACAUAUCGAAUAAAAAUUCAAAGUAUAUAUUUUGAUGUAUCGAUUUUAAAAAUUCGAGUUAUUAAAGAUAAAUGAAAUCGAAAUUGAAAGAACUGAUAUCGAUAAAAAAAUUGAAAAUAUCGACUUAAAAUUUUGCUUAAGUAAAUAAGUUAAUAGUUAGCUUAUAAAUGAAUUAUUUUCGUACUAUCAUAGUCUUUCAUAAGUAAUUAAAAAACAUAAUAUUUUAAUAAUUGUGAUAUGUAAAUCUAAAAUUAAAUAACAAAACAAAAAAAUCUUAACACAAAAUGCUCUUCGAAGUAUUCCAUAGACAAGUCAAGGUGCUAUACUUUAAAAGUAAAAUGAGUUUUUAAAAAAUUAACCGUGCCAAUAAAUGUAUUAAAUAAUAUAAAU